UUUUUUACCGCCGUGUCAGUUCUGAUGCGCAGAGCAGGAGCUCUGCAGCCAGCCCUGCACACGGCGUCAGGGGAGCGUGCCCGGCCUGCUGCAGCUCCCCAUCCCUGCUCCGGGACCUUCUGCCCGGGGAGCACGACCUGGGGCUCCUGCCCUCGGCACCACCCCGGACCCGUCCCCUCGCACCAACUGAGUCACAAGUGACUCACUUCAAACUGGGAUGCGAGCGCAGCGUGUGAGUUUGCAGAUUGGCUGGUGAGGCACAGCUCUGCGAUGUAGGUGGCUGCGUUACACACUCCAGCAGUGGAGCUCUGCUCCUCGCUCCCUCCUCCCUCGCCCUCCGAGCAGGAUAGCUGCUGGAGCCCAGGAUCUGGUUCUUGCAGGCACAGGGAGGCAUCUCAGCCGGCUCCAGUGGAUGUGGGGUGUGGAUGGCUCCAGCUCCGCUCCUGACGGAGCUCUGCACUGAAGAUGGACGACUUGGUUCUCCUUGACCUGUUGGAGUGUCCUGUGUGCUUUGAAAAGCUCGACGCCACGGCAAAGGUGCUGCCGUGCCAGCACACCUUCUGCAAGCCCUGUCUGCAAAGGAUCCUGAAAUCCCAGAAGGAGCUCCGGUGCCCUGAGUGCAGGACCCUCGUCCUGUGCAGCAUCGACCAGCUCCCAUCCAACCUGCUCCUCAUUCGCCUCCUGGAUGGAGUCAGGUGUGGACAAAACGUCACCAGGUUUGGCUCAAUCCAGAGGUCAGGGGUCCUGUUCCCCGCCUCCAUCAGGAGAAUCCCCAGGGGGCUGCAGCUGCAUCAGCACCGGCUGGCGACCAAUCCCAGGAUCCACAUGGAAGGGGUGCCACGAGCCAGGGCCCUGUACACCUACCGUGGGCACAACCCCGGGGAGCUGCGGUUCAACAAGGGAGACAUCAUCGUGCUGCUCCGGCAGCUGGACGAGAACUGGUACCUGGGGGAGGUCAACGGGAUCAGCGGCGUUUUCCCAGCCAGCUCCGUGCAAGUCAUCAAGCACCUGCCCCUGCCCCAGCCCCUCGGCAGGGCCCUCUACAGCCUCGACCUGCGGGGCCGGGACAAGGCGGAAAACAAGGACAGCCUGACCUUCCAUAAGCCCAACACCACUGCCCGGCAGCUCCUGCAGACCUCCAAAACCCACUGGUCCCCUCAGUUUAAAAGCGCAUCCCUGCGAACGGCGUCUCCCAAGGCGAAGGGCGCGGAUUCGCCGGCGUUCCCCAAGGUGCCCGACUCCAGGAGGAAGAGCCUGCGGCAGUUCUCCAUCACCACAGCCCUCAACACCCUCAACAGGAUGGUCCACGCGCCCGCCGAGCGCCCAGCCCUGGAGAUCAGCUCCCCUGUGCUCAUCAGCUCCAGCAACCCCACCGUGGCCACCCAGAGCAGCGAGAAAGCAGAGUUCACCUACAGCACCCCUGUCCAGGUCAGCACCUCUUACUACCCCGCGCCAGGACCGCUGGGGCCCUCAGCAGCCAUUGUCACCCUUCCCCACCUGCAGCACCACGUGCCGGCUUACCUGUGCGUGGCUCUCCACUCCUAUGUGCCUCAUGGACCAGACGAGCUGGAGCUGCAGAAGGGAGAAGGGGUCCGUGUCUUUGGGAAGGAUCACGACGGCUGGUUAAGAGGCAUGUCCCUCGUCACGGGCAGAGUCGGAGUCUUCCCCAGCAACUAUGUUGCUCCCCUGUUCAGCAGGAAAUCCAGUCUCUCUGACUCAAAGAUGCCUUCCCUGUACACUUCAUGGACACUGUCGACCUCCUCGCUCUCCUCCCAAGGGAGCAUCUCCGAAAACGGCCCGAGGCAAAGCAGAGCCCUGAAGCCGGUGCUGCUGCCCAUCCCUAUCCCCUCGCCGGGGAGGAGCACGGUGGGACCGGCACCUCUGCGGCGCGGCCGCGGCAGUGCCAGGAAGAACGGAUCCCUGCAGAGGCCGGGGCAGGCGGGGACCCCUGUGCAGAUCACGGGCUCCCUCAGGCGUCCUUCCGCGGCUGCGGGGCGACUUCAGCAGUUCCAGAUUUACCCACACAUCAGCUCCCCGUCACACAGCGUCCCUCCCGGAGCCGGCACAGACGAGGCAACAAGGUUAAACUUCUCCCACGAGGCUUCACCGGCGCUUGUGAUCAGGGGAGGGGAGAGUCGGACCCCCUCCGUGUGCAGCUCAGUGAUCCUGGAUGCCAAAGACCCUCCAAUGAAGAGUGAGGCAGCUCCAAAGCCGCCUGCCUCAGCCCCGCCGUCCAUCCUGGUGAAACCAGAAACCAGCCGCAACAGCGCCGAGAAGCAAGUGAAGACGGUGCGGUUCCAGAACCACAGCCCUCCGCCGCCCAAGCGGCACAGCCUGCAGCCCUCGCCGCGCCUGCAGCGCUCCAGGACGGAGCCCGAGGUGCUGCUGCCCGAAGCCGGCCUGGGCCCCGAGCUGCUGGUGCUCUACUCGCCCCGGCUCGGCUCCAGCCCCCUGCACCCGCGCCGGGCACUGCACCCCAAGGCUCUGUCGCUGGACCUCUCGGGGCAGCUGACCUUCCCGGUCAAGAAGAGCUACAGCAGCAUCUCUGCAAACUGACCGGGUAACCCCCGCCUGCCUCCUCCCCACCUGCUCCUCUCCCUCCUGCGCGGGACCCCGGACCCCGCACAGCCUCCCCUGCUCCCCAUCUGCGAGAGGGGACGGUGCUCCCGUGUCCCCGCACCAGCGGCACCCUCGGGACCUGAGGCUUGCAGAGCUGUGGGAGCCCCGAGGGAGCCCCCCUGCCCCAGGGAUGCUCGAGCACCGGGAGAUGGGACUCGAGGACUGACGUUCCCCGGUGUCGCUGCCUCUACGGCACCGCAGGAUCGGCGGGAGGGGAGGGAAGCCUGCGGGUAUCAGAAAGAGUUACACUUGUUUUGAUCUUCUCAGGGCUGCAGGAAGCCCACAGAGAUCUAACAGCGGGUCGGUACCUGCCUGUCUCAGGAUAAAGAAACCAUAAAUCAGAGUCGAUCAGCUCCUGGCUGACGAUUUACGCUGCCUUUGGGGGGGUCCACUCAGAUUUUUUUGUUAGGGUAGUUGCUUGCUUGCUUUUCUCUUUGGUUUUAGCCCAGGAAUUUUAGCACAGAACAGUCUAAAAGGUGAUUUGGAGAGGAAAGAGCCAGUGGGAAGGGCAGUGCCAUCACUGCAGUCACCCAAGUUCUGCAGUCAGGGCACUGAAUCUUGCUUCUCCUCAUUGCUUGGUUUCCUCUGAUCACCUGUCAGCUACCUCCUGCCCAUGAGCCCCUCCAUCCCCUUCCCACUGCCCACUCACUCGGAUGUGGCUGUUGUAAAUAUCUUAAGUGGGAUUCAUGGGUUUCAGUCUACAUUCAGAUGCAUGAAACAUCGUCUGUGUAACAGAAAGCAGAAUUCAGCAUUCCCCGUGCCCCAGACAACCCUCUGCCAUGGCAGCACCAGCUCCAGUUUCCCCAUUCCAAGCAUCCUCCUGUGAAUCCCAGGAAAGCCAGCAGAAUCAGAGAGUGGUGCUGGCUCACAGCUGUGCCUGCUCUCCAGCAAACCUCUGCACAACAGAUGUUGGGUUUCAUACUUUGUUUUCAUUGCUGGUUUACCCACCAGCAGUUCCCACCCCAGCUGCGGGCACCGGCCGCCACCUCUCCUGGCAGUGGGAGCUGUGCUCCCUCCAAAACUGCCAUGAAAUCCCAUCCUCAGUUACCUGCAUAGAGACCCAGGAUAGGAACUCCACUGGUCAAUGGAAACUCUCCAAAGCCCUGGCCUGGGCCUCAGGGAAGGACAAUUUCUCCUGGAACUAAGCAAACAGAUAAAAAUCAUUCACUAGGCCACAAGCCCUGGUCCUUCACUCUUCCAGACUUAGCUCCUGCAGAAACACCCUGACAAGCUGAAAGCACGGUGUGUGCCCAGGUGUAAAAGGUGGCACCAGCCACAAACAGAGAAGGUGAGCACAACUCAGCAAUGCCACCUCAGAGACAGCUCAAUGCCUCAGGGGAGACAAGCUGGUCCCCUGCUGAGGACUACUCUCAUCCCUUUAAAGCUGAACCAGAAAGCAGCUGGCUCUUAUCACCGAGACACAUCCAUGUAUCCCAGGCAUACUUAGAAAUAAACAGAAUUCCACUCGGUAUUGGCGCUUUGGUAAAAGAGCAGGCAGCUAUUUUGGGAUGGAUGCCUGUGUUUCACACACAGGAUAUUUCAGAGCUGUGAUGCUAUGGUGAUAAAUGCCCUAAAUAUAUUCAAAAUAUGUAGGGAGAGAGAACUGAAAACAGGGCGUACUUUAAGCUAAAGGCCCUAAUAAGACUCCUGUCCCCACAGACAGCCCUGCCCACAGGUUUCAUGCCACGGCCCACUGAGCAGAACUGCCUAGUCCUCCUCACCUCCUCCCCAGCAGCACCAGGAGGGAGCUUCUGGACUGUGUCACUUGGAAUGUGAACAUUCCAAGAAAGAGGGAUGAGAACUCAGACCUCUUUCUUCCAAAAGCCCAGGCUAAAGCAGAGCCUGCUGAGCUAAUCCAGAGCUAACCCAUCACGAUCCCCAAGUGAGGCAGUGCCCAAAAACUGGUUCUUAUCCAUGUGGAGAAACCCAAUCACGCUGGUGAAGGCAUCAGCUAUCAGGGAGCAAUUCCCCAAGUGCUCUGGACCAAAACCAUCUGUUCUGGAAGAAUCACCCCAUCCCCCUUAACUCUGCAACCAGAAUCACCACACUGUGCUCCUGGCACAUCAGCAAACUUCACAUUCUUGGUGUGAGCUCUGGGCUGCAGUCUGAAGUACACUGCAUCUUCCCUGAGGAUCUGUUCCAAACCAUGGGCCUUCAGGCUGCUGUCAUCCAAUAUUUAUUUUUUUUAAUACUGUAGCAAUGGAAAGGGAGGCAUCACAUGCUGGCAGGAGGGUGGCAGCUUCUCAUGAAGGUGGGCGAGCUCUUCAAGGGUUUCUGUUCUUUUUAUAUAUAUUUAACUUCCCUCCUGCCUUCCCACCCUCCAGACUCUCUUCAGCCUGUUUCCCCAGUGAAGAGAGGUCAGACAUCAGCAUUGGGACCCUGUUUUGUCCUUCCCAUAUUGGCCAGGAGGGCCCUCUUUCCCCCCUGGAUGUCGUUCCUCUGCGCUCCCAGUGGUACAGAGGGACCAGUCCCAUCCCCAGCCCUGCUGACCCUCCAGGCCUGCAGCCUCCUGUGCUGCCACAGCACCAAGGAAGCAGCACCAGAAAGGCAAAAUGUAUUUCUGUAAUGAAAAUACACCAUCCUCUGCCAACCCAGACAGGCUGAGCCAGGCUCCAAACACCCUGAGCACCGUGUCCAUCAGCACAGCUCAGAAAUGGAGCUCUGGGAAAAGCAUAGAGCAGUACACAGGGACAGAGGGACCAUUAAUGAACCUCUCCAACUUCUUCAAUUGGGCUUAUUUUCUAUCUGCUCGUUCCUUACGAUUGGUUAAUGAAUUAGAGUCUGAGUCAGAUCAUUCAUCAGCUGCUCUAAUUGCCUGCCCAGCCUGGCAGAACCCUGGGAGUGCUUUAGCACACAACCUGCCCCUAAACCUGGGCUGCAGUCCUGCUUCCUGAUAAAUCAUGAGCAGAGGCAGCAGAGAUAAGAAAACAUAGCAUUCACUAAUUCUCUCCACAUCGUCUGUGUGGAGGGGGGCACAUCUUGUCUCAGACACAGGAGGAUGGAGAGGAGCCCCCUUUCCAGUCCAUCCUGGGGCUGGAGCGUUGGGCCCAGAGUGGGCUCACUGCCCACCUGCCACAAGAAAGGUGCCACAAGGAUGAUGUGCAGUCUCAGGAGGGAAUUCUGCAAGGAAUUCUGCAGAAUUGGACUGGCUGCAGCAUCGCUGCACACUGCUCUCCUGCUCACUCCCUGCCCAGCAGUUAUCGCAGUUCAUGUGUGCAGUGAUGUGUUUGAAGUGCAAUCACAGCUCGAGACUUCAGCUUUUCAGGUUUUUUGUCAUAAGCCUCAGUACCUGCCCCGUUUAAAAAGUAACACUCCCAAAUAUUCAUGAAAUCAGUGUUUAGAACCCCAAACCAUCCAUGAAGUGAUGGGGACUUACCAGUGACGUCCGUGGGAGCUCCACAGGCUGAUCCCUUCAUACCUGUUCCCAGUGGGAAGUGGUGAUGGAUCAGAGACUGCACUGUCAGGCUGGUGAGGACUGUAUGGGUAACUAAAGGGGGAAAAGAUCUGUUUACACCAAAGUUCCAGCCAAAAUAGGUUUUAAAGGCAGAAGGGGUCAACAAAAGGAGCUUCCCUGAUCCCCUGUGUGACCAAGCAGGGAAUUUAUUUGUCUUCUUUCUCCACCAAGCCCAGGGAAUGCUCCAAUGAAAUGUUACAACUGGGUCACUUAUCAGUGAGAAAACAGAAAUGACUAUUUUUACAUAUAUAUCUUAGAAAUAGUAGGAUAUAUAACCUUUGCUUAGUUGGUGAUGGGUAGAAGGAAUAAAUACAUUUAGUUUAUUGUUCAGAGACGCUUGUACAAAUUCAGGGAUGCUGAAUACUUUUUCCAUGAAGUGAAGUUAAUUUUUUAAAAAGAUUUUUUUCAACUUAAGGUACUAUUUGGGAGAAAAGUCAAUAAACAAGAAGAUAUUAGUUUCCUGUUUUGUAUUAAUCCUCAAGCUAUUUAUUUUGUAUUUCUGUAACGAGAAGCAAAGGUUUCAAGGUAUUUUAAGCUUUCAGAAGUUUAUUCAUCUAAGUUUAUAGCACUAAUGUUUAGCUCUGUAGCCUGUAGGUAAUUAAAUUAAUUGGGGCCAACUGGGUUCCGGCCCCUCAUGCACUGGAAACGGCGGCAGCUGCAGGGAGUGGCAGCGUGAGGGCACUGCCAGCACAGCUGGACCACUUG